AUGGCGCGUUUCCAAACUUCCAUCAUGAUGCUCUUGGCCCAUCUCAUUCUCUUACUGGGUAUCCCGACAGCCCUGGUUGGCGCCAUUCCAGUGACCCCUGCUCUAAACGCACUGGAGUUGGCUGCGUCGAAGCGCGCUGCUUCCAGCUACUGGGUCGCGAAUAUCGAGCGCCAGGGUACUGUGCCCUUCGCUAGCAACAGCGACUAUCAAGUGUUCCGUAACGUGAAGGAUUUUGGUGCCAAGGGUGAUGGAUCGACUGACGACACUGUGGCCAUCAACAAGGCCAUCUCGUCUGGUGGCCGCUGCGGUAAGGGCUGCGACUCCUCUACCACUACUCCUGCACUGGUCUACUUCCCACCUGGUACCUAUGUCGUUUCGAAGCCCAUCGUCCAGUACUACUACACUCAGAUCGUCGGCGAUGCAGUUGACCUGCCCGUGAUCAAGGCUGCCGCUGCAUUCUCCGGCAUGGCAGUUAUUGAUGCCGACCCCUACGAUGACAAUGGCGACAACUGGUAUACCAACCAGAACAACUUCUUCCGUGCCAUUCGCAAUCUCGUCAUUGAUCUUACUGCUAUGCCCCAGGGAUCCGGUGCCGGUAUUCACUGGCAAGUUGGUCAGGCUACUAGUUUGCAGAACCUCCGGUUCGAGAUGAUCAAGGGUGGUGGCUCUGCCAACAAGCAGCAGGGUAUCUUCAUGGACAACGGAUCUGGCGGUUUCAUGUCAGACCUGACCUUCAACGGUGGUAACUACGGCAUGUUCCUCGGUAACCAGCAGUUCACCACUCGCAACCUGACCUUCAAUGGCUGCCAGACUGCCAUCUACAUGAACUGGAACUGGGCUUGGACCUUCAAGUCUGUCAAUAUCAACAAUUGCGAGGUCGGUCUGAACAUGUCUACGUCGCCGUCCAACCAGACUGUUGGCUCCGUCAUGAUGCUCGACAGCCAGCUCACCAAUACCCCAACUGGUAUCGUCACUGCCUGGACCAAGAACAGCAUCCCAAUUGGUGGUGGUACUCUCGUCCUUGACAAUGUCGAUUUCUCCGGUUCUUCCGUCGCUGUGGCCGGCGUCGAUGGCCACACUAUCCUGGAUGGCGGGGCCGUCGUCGACAGCUGGGUGCAGGGCAACACGUAUACUCCUUUAUCCUCCGGUUCUACCAAGCGCGCUUACCGUCCCGCGGAGGAGAAUGUCGAUAUCGAGGUUGUCACCAUUGUCAAGACGGUCAUCAAGACUGUGACUUCAUGUGCUGCAACCAAUAGUGCAGCUACUCUCGCCACGAACGCGGCUGCUAGCACCAAUACCCAGGUUACAACUCCCAUCCUGCCUUCGAGCACUGAUGCCGGUGAUCGCUCGGUCGCAACGCAGGCUACUCCCAUCUCUACCCCCACUUUGUCUGGUCUUCCUGGCAUGGACAACAGCUGGCUGUCUGCUUUCAUUGGCUCAUUAGGACAGACAUACGAGAUUCCUGUCACACCCUCCCAGACCCCUGCGGCCAGCGAGGAGACCACUGCCGCCGUUCCUGCUGCUGGCGAGACCACUGCUGCCAUUGUUACGGGAUCCAGCGAGGCAGCCACCGUUGCAGAGACUAGCCAGGCUGUUCCAGUUGUACAAACCUCUAGCGCUGUCCCUGUAGCCCAGUCAACUCCAGCAUCCGGCACAUCUAGCGCUGUUGUCUCUCAGGGUACCGGUUCAAGCUCUAGCUCUAGCAGUGGUUCUGGUAUCUGCAAGAGUGAUGCCAACCAAGCCGUCGCCUCUGCUCGCACACAGAGCACCAUGAAGGCUAGCUCCAAGCCCAGCGACCUUCUCAACGGCGGUGCCGUCUUCGAAAAGUCCAAGCCUCUUUACGAGAACCUUCCUGCCUCUUCCUUCAUCAGCGUCAAGUCUGCUGGUGCCAAGGGUGACGGAGUGACAGACGAUACCGCUGCUCUCCAGACGGUGCUUGACAGUGCCACCGCUGACCAGGUCGUGUACUUCGAUCACGGCGCGUACGUGAUCACCUCGACCUUGAAGGUGCCCAAGGAUAUCAAAAUCACUGGUGAAGUCUGGCCCAUGAUCAUGGCCCACGGUUCCAAGUUCCAGGAUGAGACAAACCCUAUUCCUGCCGUGCAAGUUGGUCAGAAGGGCGAAUCUGGAUCCGUUGAGAUAAGUGACCUGAUCAUCACCACCAAGGGUGCUGCCCCUGGCGCUAUUCUCAUGCAGUGGAAUGUUGCUGCCACCUCGCAGGGCUCCGCUGGUAUGUGGGACGUCCACAUUCGCGUUGGUGGCGCCGCUGGUACUGGCCUCCAGAGUGAUACUUGCCCCAAGACUCCGGCCCAGCAGACUACACCCAAGACUGAAUGCAUCGCGGCAUUCCUGCUCUUGCACAUUUCUGAGACGGCCAGCGCAUACAUUGAGAACUCUUGGAUGUGGACCGCUGACCAUGAGCUUGACUUGUCCGAUCACUCCCAGAUCAACAUCUAUACUGGCCGUGGCGUGCUUGUCGAGUCUCAAGGCCCUGUGUGGCUAUGGGGUACCGCCUCCGAGCACCACCAGCUGUACAACUACCAGGUCUCGAACGCAGCGAACGUCUUCAUGGGUUUGAUCCAGACCGAGACUCCUUACUACCAGUCGAACCCCACCGCGCUGGUCCCCUUCACGCCCCAAGACUCCUGGAACGACCCUGACUUCUCCACCUGCACGACCGACUCUUGCAAGAAGUCUUGGGGUCUGCGUGUGAUGAACACCUCUGAUCUAUUUAUCUACGGUGCUGGUCUGUACAGCUUCUUCGAGAACUACGCGCAGACAUGCCUGAACACGGAGGACUGCCAGGAGAACAUGGUCGAGGUUGACUGCUCAGAUGUCCAUAUCUACGGUCUCAGCACAAAGGCUGCCGUUAACAUGGUGACCUCAUCUGCUGGCAAGAGCAUGGUUCCCGAGAAGCCCAACAAGAGCAACUUCUGCUCGACCAUCGCCCUUUUCGAGCAAUCUGUCUAG